GUGAGCGGCGUUGUGUCUCGGCCCGGCCGCAAUGGGGCACCGGGCGGCGGGGUGCGGGCCGGGCUGUGCCUCGGUGCGGGGAGCGGUGCGGAGGGACCUUUAAGCCCAUCCACUUCCAGCCCCCUGCUGUAGGCAGGGACGCCUCCCUCUAAACCGGGUUGUUCGCAUCCCCAUCCAGCCUGGCCUUCAAUGCCUGCAGGGUGGGAUGUGCUGCUUAUCCAUAUAUCGGCUUUCACAUCUAUUCCCAGCGUACCGACACAAAUCAAGAUGAGCCUACGGAAGCAAACUCCCAGUGACUUCCUAAAGCAGAUCAUUGGAAGGCCUGUUGUUGUAAAGUUAAAUUCUGGAGUCGAUUAUCGAGGUGUCCUGGCUUGCCUGGAUGGCUAUAUGAAUAUAGCUCUGGAACAGACAGAAGAAUACGUAAAUGGACAGUUAAAGAACAAGUAUGGGGAUGCAUUUAUCCGAGGAAAUAAUGUAUUGUACAUAAGCACACAGAAGAGAAGGAUGUGAAGAUGCCAGAAGGAGGCUCUUCUGUAUUUGUGAAUCUCUCCAAAUGGAUGAGACCUAUUUCAUUUGUAGUUAAUGGUUCACAGGUGACAUAUUUGAGUGCUUAUUUUUUAAAAAAUAAAUGUAAACCAAUGUAACCUUUCUGGA